CUCUAUUACAUCAUUAUUUUCGUGAAAAGGAAAAAGUCGUCCUAGUCCGAAGCAAAAAUCUGAAAAGGAAUAUGAAAUUCGAAAGAAAUACGAUACCGAUUUAGUUUGUUCAUUUGAAUUGUGCCGCUCCACUUUGUGGGAAGGACGAUGAGCGCAUGAACGUAAUUUGAAAUUGUAAAGAAACCCCUUGAAGAGGAAAUUUUAAUUUUACAACUCUGGACGUCUGCAAAACUACAACUGCGUGUUCACUUGCACAUAGAAAAGAACCUGGCAAAAACCCAAACCAUGGCGCGUUUAUUUUUCAACUCAAAAACUGCAGCGGCCUGCAAAAGAAAUAAGGCUCGGUGUGCCGCGGGCCGCGCGGCCGGCGGUGGAACAACAAAGCCGAUCAUGCGAAACAGGGUUUUGUUUUUGACGAACCUGGGCCUGGCAGCUGCAGCAGGGACUCUACUGCUGUUUGGAGAAAUGCCCUUCAUCUCGCAACGUUACAGCUCCACCAGUACUAGUAUUGUGACAGCGGUGUCAGGCGCAAGAUUCAUUCCUCCUGGUGUGGCACGUGCACCCAACCAGCGCGGAGCCGGAGCUGCCUCAAGAACAGGAGGAGCUGAAGGGAACGACGAGUCGGUGCGGAGUGUUGUUCUUCCUGACGCAUCUACUUCUACUUCGUCGAACAAAAUAACGCGACGCGGGCGGCGGGGGAAACGCAGCCACAACUUCACAAGACCCGAACUUCGAGUAGAUGAGGAGUUGCACCACACAGCAGAGACAGAUGAAGACGAUGAACAGUACCACCACGACUCUCCUUGCACGGAUGUUGAUCUAGAUGUGGAGCAGCUGCCAAUCGCAGGAGACCAGGUCGCCGCGGGCGCCGCUGCCGGGCACUUCUACGACCAGCCGCAGAACGGCCACCAGGAACUGCAGUAUCGCAAUUAUGUACAACAUGACGGGGCCGCGUACCACACGUCGUCGGCGCAAGUUCUAGAUGAGCACGUCGCCCAUCAAAACUUCAUGACGAGCGCCCCUGCGGCCUGUGGUUUCUCCGUGUUCGCUGGCUGUCCUGCUCCGCCGGCUGGUGGAUCUUCAGGUUGCAUAAGUUAUGGCGUUCCUGUAGUCAACGGUAUGAUUCCAGUCACGCUUCUGUGUUGCAGUCCUACACGGGGUCCAAUGGCAAUGGACCUCCCAAAUAAAAUGGAAGAUCCGUCCUCGCCGACCGCGAAGAGCAACAGCACGGCAGUGGGCAGCUCGCAUGGUAGUGGUAGUUCGAGCGCCACGAGUCCGUUUGCGGGUCCUGUGAUGUCCCAUGGUGGCAACUCUGCUUUUGGUGCCUUCGGAAGUUGUAACGGCUACGGCACUCGCACUGCUAGUGGGUGGAAUAAUUCUACGGCUCCUGGUGAAGAUGCUGCAGCAGCAGGGGUGAACUAUUAUGUUGACAACGAAACGACCGCGAACAACAAGACCGGCAUGAGUACUGGCGAUCAUGUUGCCACCUAUGCAGGAGGCAGCUGCAGCUCCUUUCCAGGAGCCUGGACAAGUCCUGGUAGUUCUUGUGGUCCUUCUUCAAGCACCCUGCCUUGCGGAGGGUUCAAUAUGAUUCCGUGUCCUGCUACCUACAACGCGACUCAAUACAUGAACGGCUACGGUGGAGGUUCCGGUUCCUGUAUUCGGGGAAUUAUCCACAAUGAAGAGCAACACCAACAGGUACAACAAACUCAAACGAAGAUGAACUCAUGCGGCACGGCGGGGCCACGGCCACCAGCGUGUCCCUCUACUCCGAUGCUUGUCCCGGUGCACAUGCCUGUUAUGGUUCCGACUGGUGUAGUUGCCACAUCUACCAGUGUGGGAGGUGCAGCGGCGACUACUCCUCCAGACGAGACCUAUACCAGUACGGGCGGACCGGCACAAGUUCAAAUACCCCUGACCUCAACAAGCAAAGUUAAUUCGAAUGCUCUACCUUGUAGUGCACGUGCAGCAGGAGGAGCUCACGCUCAGGAGCACGAUCGGGGGCAAUUGAAAAUGUCCCAAAGUUCGCUACCACCAGCAGCACCCGCGCCGCCGAACCACCACGACGCUUUGAAUUAUACUACCUUUGGUUGUGAUCCUCUGUCUGCGCUACGGGCGAGGUUCCACGGAGACGGGCUGCCCAGCAUGCCGGCGCACCCCGACCAGGAAACCGUGUCGGAACGUUUUCUGGCCGAUUACUGUGCCUCUUUGCAAGCGCAGUAUGCGGACCUGGUGGCGGAAAACGCGCACCUGUGCGACCUUGCGGAUUUGCGCUUCGAAGUUUCCGAUUUGAUGGCGCGGGCAGAGCGAGAGGAGAAGGAUCGGGAGGAUCUACUCCUACGCAGGCGAGUGGUGCAAGACCUGGCAGCGCGCCGGGGAGUUGUAGAAAACGAGGCUGAGGCGGAUGAAGGAGAUCAGCAGCGCGACCCGCCAACUGCUCUAGCGAGCACAUCCUCGAAAGCUAGUGGUGGAGCGCCAGGAGCAAGUAGACAAAAAAUGAAACUCUCGAACCGCAGCCUGAAGCCCAACGAGUUGGACCAUGCAAAGAAAAAGCAACUGCAAGCAGUGGAAGCCCGCGUCUUUUUGGCCAAAGGGAGGCCAGGCUCGUCUCUUGAUGAAGACCUUGAUGAUGCGAGCAACGAGAUGGAACAAACAAAAAACCGAACAUGUGCGCUGCCAGCUGCACAGCAAGAAGCUGUUGACCUUGACAGCAAUAUCUCGUCUGAAUUACACAAAACGGAUGCUAAUGCGACAUCACCGACUGCAUCAUCAGCAGGAGCAACCGCCGAUCGGGAGCAAGUACAGGAUCUCGCAGAGGUUUUCGCUCGAAAAAAACUGCCAUUUCCCAGGAACCCGGGAUCCGCGGGGCACCCCUACGCCUGCUUCGGGGAUGGCUGCAAGUAUUUCCAGCGCGGGCUGCAACAGGGGAGUCUCCACGCGGGCUGCAAGGACGGCGACCGUUGCACGCGAUGCCACAUUUGUUGCUGGAAGAACACCACGGGAAGGAACAGGAAGGGGAAACAAAAAAGAAGCAGCAGCAGGGGGCAGCAGGGUUUUGAUAAAGUUAUUCAUGAUGCUGAAGGUUUUAAUUCCAACUACACCAACAAUAAUGAAAGCAAAAGCGAAAAAGCUGGCACUGCUUACCAGGAGCCCGACCAAGAGGGCUGCAGGAGCUACGGCAGCUAUCUUCAAGCCCAACAUGGUGUCCCGCCUCCUCCUCCUCCUGCCCCCGUGAUCCUCGAUCUUGCUUCCAGUCUGGAUUUGGAUGCCGUUGAUGCGCCGCAGCCGCGGGACGAGGACGACAGUGCCACUGGUGUUGAUUAUCCGGCACCUCCACCUCCUCCUCCACGACCCCUCCUCUUCGACACCGGCCGCAUUCUAACUCGCAGCAAUACUGGCGCGCCUUCGCCGCCACCCCCGGACGACGUGAAGCGCGCUUUCAUGCGGGGAGGUCCGGCGGCGGCAAUAGAAGGAGGUGUCCGGCCUGGUUGUAGUUCUUCGGAUGAUCUCGAAGCAUCCCGCGCGGGAGGAACAACAAAAGCGAACACCACGAAGGUGUUGCAACGUCGAGCCUCCGAGCGUUGGGCGGACAUUCCGGUGGGAACAGGAGAGGAUCAGCAAGACGAUGAGGACGUCGAGCUGAUGUGUGGUCUUUUCUCUACGGGAGAUAGAACCCCGCCGCCGCCACCGGAGACCCCGCCGCCUGCGCUUGUCUACAGCAAUAAAAAGCAGGAUGAUCUCGUCGUCGUCCCGCUGUCGCUGCGCCAGCACUCCUCUCGCACACUGCAGGCCUUGAACCUACACCUGGCGGAACCCCUCAUGAAAAAAGCGAAGGCGCGACAAGACAAGCUUUUACUAUGAACUGCAAAAGUAUCGUACUAGUAUAAAUCGCAUGACAAAUGGAAUUUGUCAUGCUGUUUCACCUUGGGAUGAAGAUUUGGAAUGCAUGACUGCGAUUACUACGAGUGCGAUACUUUUGCACAGGAUAUUUACUUGACACCAGCAAUCCUGCAGCGAAUCGGCCAUUGGGUCCGGCGAUGGUGGUAUCAAGAGCAAAAAUCCCCCCGCCCCAUAUCAAAGCGGAAAUCUGUGAUGCAGAUUUGUGGCCACAAAUCAGCUUUGUGAUGCUAGAAGGCAAAAGAUGCGGACUGUAGUGCUAUCUAGCGUGGGAAAGUGUUGCAUCUCCAGCAUGUUGACACGAGGCAACUGGAAGUGGGAAACAGCAUGACAAAUUGCCUGCAAUUCAGGCCACAGCUGCGUCUCUUGGCCUUCUAGCAAUACAAGUCGAUUUGUGUACUCAAAUACAGCAUCACAAAUUUCGUUUCCGAUAUGGGGAGGGGGGAUUUUUCUUCUUGAUAGGUGGACGUGGACGUGGGCAUAAAGAAGACUUCUGACCUCCGGAUGGAACAACAUCAGCAAGUUGCCUUGGCCGAUAGAAGUGGUCUUCAGGAAGUGGAAGGAGAAAAUUUAUCCGAGGUGGACGACGGUGCAGCAUCAACAUCAUCUGGUGAACCGGGUUGGUUUCCCCUCGAUUUCGACUGGAGAAAAGGGAAGACAUCGAAUUGGAAAUCGCCACUGCGUUUGGGCUUGCUUGCGGAUGAUGAACGUACACGUCGUAGCUCCUUGUUGACUCAGAUUCACGGCGAAUUGGUAGAGGGUCCUUCAUCCGUCCGUGAUUCCCCCACAGCAACAUUUUCCCCAUCGUUCCCCAUUCUCCGCCGCGAGGAUCGGCAGUAUACACCGCUGCGGCUCGGCGUCGGCAGCAAAGUACUGUCCGCUCUGGGCGUUGGGACAGUAGUCGCUGAUAGAAAAAGUAGCCCAUCAGCUUCUAGUACAUCGAGUUCUUCGGGCGGCGCAAUGAAGGAGGUGGAGCAGGGUGUAGAAGAUGUUCAAAGUCAGCGUCAGCGAGGCAAACACGCAGAAAGGUUCGCAACUAGUACAACUGGUGCUGGUUGCACUACAACCGUGGCAGGCGUGUUGGAGGACGGCUGCAAGAACUCUAGCGCAGCUGCGCCUUCUUCUCCAUCAACUACACAACGUGAUCGUGAGGAUGCGAAACAACUACAACAUCACCUAGGAACGAUAUCAAAGAUCAAGAAGCAGAAACGCCGAGCCCAGGAAAUCAAGCCCGAUGAUCCCGAGGGCACGCCGAAGCUGACGCCCAAAGGCAUGCUGCGGCAGCUGAGCGAAGCGUGGAUGCCCUCCGCCGGUUCCUCCGGUGCGGGAACGGAGUUGCAUGAUUUGGCGCAAGUACUAUCGCACGAAAGUUUUCUCUCAGGCGACAAAGACAACUCUUCAGCGGACCACCUCCGGCAAAAUUCAUCAACGAAAGCGAAAGCAAACGGGACAAGUACUGGGCCGGGGCAGGAUCAGCGAGUUGCACAUCAGCAGGUUAUUUCGCGUGACCCUGGUCAUAUUCCUGCCUACCACAAAACAAGAGGCGCCGGCUCUCGACAUUUCCAUCCCGAAGACUUGGAUGUUGAGCUGCCUGAGGAUGCAGAAGCAAUGACUCCGGGUUUCAAUGCUACGAAAAUCACGGCUCGCAUGAAUUCUGUCGGAAAAACUGAUGUUGACCUGCUUAACGACGGUUUUAUGCUACCCGAACAGGCAACCCCUCCACCAACAGCAGCGACGAUCGAAGCAGGCCGCUCUAUCUUCGAUCCGCUGCCGCUCAGGGCAAGGACACCCUCGGGCGAAACGAUUGUUCUUUCUGCCGCUUUGGAAAGUGUUGUCUCCUCGUCUUUCAUCGGUGGUCCAGGAUCUUCAGCAUCUGCUUCUGAGCAGGUGCAGCUUGAAAGGAAAAAGGAUGGCCAGAUGCAAACAAGAACCAAUAGCAAGAAAGCGAAAUCCACAUGGUCCAAAAACAAAAGGGAAAGGUUUCUGUCAAGUGCGUCAUCUUCUGGCGCUGGAGGUGCACCCACCAUGGGAGCAGCUGGCAGUACAACGACGAAUGGCGCGCAUCAACAUCGCGAACAACGAGAUGAGGAGGCAGGUGGCGCAAAGACUCCAACUUCCAAUUACACGACGUCCACGGAACGCGUGCGGAGGCCGCUGAUGCCCCAACGUCGCAAGGGGUUCUGGGCCGAUUCCUUGGCGCAUGAGACUGGCAGCGGCGAUGGGGGAAGCGACACGGACUGCUGUCCAAACGGGUUUGAGGAACUUUCCGGGUACACGUGCGUAGCUGCGGGCGGGUCGAACGCAGCUGAUCCACGGUACUACAGCCAAACAAAUCUAGAUUGACGCACCAGAAUUUGUUUUAACGCGCUUCAGUGCCUGGCUGUUGCUUGUUCUUGCGCGGCCGUUCUUCAUUCUCCCCGAUGGCGAUGGUCGGAAACGAGAGCUGCGAGCAGCAGGCCUAGCCUAGCAUUUUCAUUUUGAUUUUCGUGUGGCCACUUGAAAUUGGCAUACUAUGUAUUUCGACGAAGUCCCUGCGCCUGCUUGUCCUUCUUGUUCGGAAAAUGUGAUCCGUUUCCCCCCCGAGAUUGAUAAUGAUUAUUUAGGCAUUUCAACAUUUUCUGAAAAUGAAGCAACCCGCCUUUGACAGGUUUGAAUUUGAGUUUCUAUUUCAAUUUCACAAUCAAACAGCGCUCCUGCUUCGAGUCACCAGAUUGGGGAUCGUGGUGUGUGCACCGAGCAGCAGGCUGGCGGUGACCUUGUGGGCUCGGAUUCCAGACAGUAUCUCAUUGAUUUACAUCUAGCACCGGUUCGUGGAAAUAUUUACUCGCUCUGUGCGUAGUUGUAUGCAAUAGAUUUUCGUUUAUCUUCUAUUUACCAUGAAAUCGUGAUUAUCAUUAUCGUCCUCAACGCACACUCACUGCAGGGCGACCCCUCUCCUAUUUACCCGGCGGGAGUAUACCCCUGUGGGCCCCUCUACGUUCAGCGUGGCUCCUCGCAGCGAUCAAGAACCGCAAGAUCAACUCCAGUGGCCGGAGGAAAAAAAGCAGCAAUCUGUCGAAAACUUGCCCUACUCCACGGAAGACGACGUCAGAACGGAGCCGGAAGUGGUGGAGCUGCUAGUACCUGCUGGUGCUGACGACCAGGCGACAGACUUUUUGAGCCCAGCGGCGUUUGAAAGUUUUAAUUUCCCGGGAGCAGAGGCGGUAAAUGCAAUCGGUAUCCACAGUAGGUCAGAACUCGUUUAUUGGACCUUCACCGCAUGGGACGGACUAGAAACGCAGAGGCUGGCUCUGCAUGAUAUAAAGAAAGUGAUGCCUAGUACUUACCGUCCCCAUCAAGCACGACCAGGACUACAGCGAUGCGCGACAACUUCCUGGAUUUUUGAUUUGCAUUCUUUUGCUAUUUUGUACUACGUCGUGUCCUCGUCCUGGUGUAGUGGUCCAGGAACUAGAACUAUUUGUGUUCUACUUGCAUAAUCGCCCGCGCCACUGCUGAGGCCGCAUCCGACGUGGAGGACGUGCGUGACUUCGAGCAAGACGUUCUUGCGACGGACGUCCUCAGUGAGGAGUUCCAGAAAAAGUUGCAUCUGAAGGGAAGGAGUUCUUCCUUUUCCUCCUCCGGCGCUUCUCCACGUGCUGACGAUUCAAGUGAGCCCCGUCUUGGUACACAGCAAGCAGUACAACUAGAAGAUCCUGCUGCUCGCCCAGUAGAUCAUGUUCUUGACCGAUCCCAACCAGCGGAUCACCGCGGUGCUGCUCCUGUUGCUACUUCUAAUACUAUUCCAAUUGCGGCCUCGCACCCCUUCAAGACGAGACACCAGCACAUAAGUUCUUCUCAGCAGCCAAGUAGGAGCCGCACUUCCAGCUUCGGGACAGCAACCAGUAACACAGACCCGACGUUUUUAUUGAGUAGCAGCAGCCCCAUGAAACACGUGGCCACCUGGGACUCGUUCAACCCCGAAUUGAGCGAGGACGACAUGUUUGCAACACACUCGCAGUCGCAACCGCAAGUAGAAUCGCGUCAUCAUGAACAUCAUCUUCCAAGCAGUAGCAGCGCCACAAGAACUACUAGCGUGCUAAAAACGUCGGCUAGAAGUAGCGCUAGUAGCAACAUGCCUGGUGAGUUACUAGUGUCCUCGGAAGCAAUGCAAGGUCGUGUCAGUUUCCAUCCGACUUACGACAGCUUGGGCCAUAUCUAA